AUGCGCGCGCCGAAGACGAACGCGCCGGCGCGACCCGACGCGUUCGCGGCGAUCGACGCGCGCGCGGCGUUCGCGGUCGGCGCGCGGGUGCGCGUGCGGGACGGGGCGAACGAGGCGGACGGCGCGGACGCGCGCGAGGGCGUCGUGGCGGCGAGGCGGGGCGACGGCGCGAGCGCGACGGACGGCGAGGUCAAGUAUUACGUGCGGUACGACGCGACGGGGGUCGCGGACGAGUGGGUGAGGGUCGAAAGGUUGACGAGCGCGGGUGGGGAGAGCGUGGGAGGGAGCGAGACCACGGGCGGGGGGUCGAGAUCGGACGCGGCGACGGCGGCGAGAGCGGCGGCGGCGGCGGCGGCGGCGAGAAAGCGGAAGACGACGGGAGAGAAGGACGGGGGCGAGCGCGGCGAGGAGGGGGGGCGGAAGGUGCGGUGGAUCGAGCUCGGGCGGUACAUUUGCGAUUGCUGGUUCGACUCGCCGUUUCCGGAGGAAUACACCGACGAGCGAAAGCUAUUUGUAUGCGAUUUUUGCUUAAAGUAUCAUCGGAAGCGGAGGGCGUACAUCGCGCAUAAGAAGACGUGCGAACUGCGACAUCCGCCGGGGAAUGAGAUUUAUAGGCAUCCAGAGCGACAGGCGACGGAGAAAUCGCCCGCGCGCGCGCAGUUGCGCAUGUGGGAAGUGGACGGGUCGAACGCGACGACGUAUUGUCAAAACUUGUGCCUCAUCGCGAAACUCUUCUUGGAUCACAAGACGCUGUAUUACGACGUCGCCGCGUUUUACUUUUAUGUCUUGACCGAACGGGACUUUGACGAGAGUGGAAAGCCGCUCUAUCGAAUAAUCGGGUACUUCAGCAAGGAGAAGGGUCAAGUGGAGACGAAUCUGGCGUGCAUUCUCACGUUGCCGCCGUACCAGCGUCGCGGCUACGGGGGGUUUUUGAUUGAGUUUUCGUACGAGCUCGCCAAACGCGAGGGACGCAUCGGCACCCCGGAGCGACCUCUGAGCGAUUUGGGGUUCGCUUCCUAUCGAACGUACUGGAGCCGAGUGAUUUACGAAAGUCUCAGCAGCACCAGCGCCGGCGGGGUGAACGUGGCGGAGCUGAGCAAAAAGACGAACAUUCGCGUCGACGACAUCGUCUCAACGCUACAGCCGUUUAGUUCGAUUCGAUUCUUCAAAGAUCAAGGCUUCUUGAACAUCACCAAGGAAGGUAAGCAGGAUUUCAAAGCCGCGCAAGUCAAGCUUCGCGAAAAAUGGAGCGAACUGCGCGUCAUACCCGAACGACUACAGUUCGAGCCGAAAAUCAACGCCGUCGUGGAAGUAGCUGAGAAGCGCCGCCGCACGCGUUUGUUCCAACGAGACAUUUUGGAAAAUAAUGAGAAAUGA